AUGACAUGUCUUACCGAGCUAACAUACACAGCCAUCGCGUCGCACACUUUUGUGAAGUCGAACGCAUACUUGCGAACAAACAGGGACAGGGCAAAGUCAUACUCCUUGGACCACGGAAAGGAGGAUGAGCAGGAGCAGGAGCAGGAGAAGCAGGAGCAGGAAGAUGAGGAGGAAGAGGACGAGGAGGAGAUCGACAAGGAUACAAGAACUGCCCGACAAGAUCAGAAGAUCUCCAAGUCCGAGGAAGCCAGUGCGAUCAAGGCAGCUGAAAAGGGCGAGGAGGGACGAGCCUUGAAUCAUCUUAAAGCGUCUCAACGAUACGAGGACAAGGCGAUCAGAGCUCAAGCACAGGCGAACAUGUACGGGAAGGACGAGCUAAAGCGCUCCAAGGAGAUGGAAGGGCAGCUGAACCAAGGCAUGAAUCCGAACGGUGGAGUCGCAGAGAGAGAGAGAAGAGACAUCAGGAAGGAAGAGAAAUUCGUCGGAAAGUGUCUCGGUGGCCCAUUCUCCUUGCUGAGCUCCUAG